AAAAAAACCUCGCCAAAAAAAAAAUUGCCACUGAAAUCUGCUUGGCAAGAAAAGCGGAAGCAAAACUCUCCAUGUUUUCCAAGUCGUGACCAUGAAGUGAGAGGAGGAAGCGUUGCGCUACUGUGGGUGUGCCAGGCCCCGGGCACGGGCCGCCUGCUAUAGCCUCUGCCGCCUUGCAUAGGGAGGCUCAAGGAGAAGCAGGGAGCAUUGGUCAUGCACAGCCUCGGCUAGCCGAGUGCGCUGCUGGCACAGCAGCAGCAGAGAGAGAAGGAUCCCCCGGGGGUCAGCAGCCCAGGGAGCCUGUGGGGCAUCGGGGGAUGUAGGGCUCUCCUGCUGGGAAGGAGUCAGGGUUUGGGGUGUCCGUUUGGGUGUUAGUCUCUAGGUGAGAUAAUACUGUCUCUUAACCCCUGCCCGCUUCUCAUCGGUGGCUGUCAUGCUCUCUCUUCCCUUUGGCAGCAGAAGCCUCAGGGCAGUGAUGUGCCCGAUGAUGAGCAGGAUGAAGUUAGAAAUGACUCUGCUGUUUUUUCUCUUUGCUUCCCUUCAAACCAGCACUGUGUUGUUGUCUGUAGUUGAUUUUGUUCUUGUUGGCAGAGAAAUGUCAUACCUCCCAGGAUGCGCGCUCCUCCUUUGCACCCUUUUCUCUGCCGUCCACCAAGUGUAAUCGUUGUGAAGGGUAAAAAGCAGCACAGCAAUAGUGGGAAUCUGAGAAUAAUAAUCAGUAGAGUCAUGAAUCUGGCUGGGGUGAAACGCAGUUUGUAAUACCAGCUUCAUUUUUUUUGUAAGCAGAGCAGAAAUAACCCCCCCCAUGGAUUGGGUUUGUGCCAGUUGCUUUUUAUUGUACACAUAAAUUGUGAUAAGAUUUGUUUUUUCCAUUCUCGCCCACUUAUUCCUGCAGCCAAACUGUUAAAUUUUUUGUUGUUGUUGUUAAAAAUUCUUAGUUUUUUUCUUGGUUUAUGGUCAAACCUCUUGUCCAGCCAUGGCUGGGCAACUUCUUAUUUUGUUUCUUGACCCUUCCAAUAUGACAUUCCCAUAAAAUACUGCCUGAGGUGCGGUUUUGGGUUGCACUUGUGUUUUUUAUCUAUUCAGUCAUAUUAGCAGGAAUAAAAUGACUUGUUUCUGUUGUACUUGAGUCUUACGAAAAAGUGCCCAUAGUUUAGCGACAGUUUCCAAAGGCUUUAGUACCACCUAUAUAACAAAAUGGGGGACCCAAACUCCCGGAAGAAACAAGCUCUGAACAGACUUCGUGCUCAGCUUAGAAAGAAAAAAGAAUCUUUAGCUGACCAGUUUGACUUCAAGAUGUACAUUGCCUUUGUGUUCAAGGACAAGAAGAAAAAGUCAGCGCUUUUUGAAGUGUCUGAAGUGAUACCAGUCAUGACCAAUAAUUAUGAAGAAAAUAUUCUGAGAGGUGUGCGGGAUUCCAGCUAUUCUUUGGAAAGUUCCUUAGAGCUUCUGCAGAAGGAUGUAGUACAGCUUCAUGCACCCCGCUACCAGUCUAUGCGCAGGGAUGUGAUCGGCUGUACCCAGGAGAUGGACUUCAUUCUUUGGCCUCGUAAUGACAUUGAGAAGAUAGUCUGUCUCCUGUUUUCUCGGUGGAAGGGAUCUGAUGAACCCUUUAGGCCUGUUCAGGCCAAGUUUGAGUUUCAUCAUGGUGACUAUGAAAAACAGUUUCUGCAUGUUCUGAGCCGAAAGGACAAGACUGGAAUUGUCGUCAACAACCCUACCCAGUCAGUGUUUCUCUUCAUUGACAGACAGCACUUGCAGACUCCAAAAAACAAAGCUACAAUCUUCAAGUUAUGCAGCAUCUGCCUGUACCUGCCACAGGAGCAGCUCACUCACUGGACGGUUGGUACCAUAGAGGAUCACCUCCGUCCUCACAUGCCAGAGUAAGGUACUGGCCAGCAAAAUGGGGAAGAUCACAGAAUGCAGCAGUGAAUUUUCACUUUCCUCACCACUUUAUUCUUUCAGGAUUUAGAAGAAAAUGGACUCAUGUUCAGAACACUAUACAUUGUGAAACUUGAUCAUCCUGGAUUUUUUUUUUUGUCAUUUGUAUCUCAGAACUUUAAAAUUUUUUUAGUUGUUUUCUGCAUGUACCUUGUGAAAGAGAGGAUGCUUUGCAUACUUCUGCACUGCAUCAGCAUCUUACUAAAAUGUGAAAUGAAGGGACUGUACACUGAAACAAAUGUAUCUGAAAGCACAAGGUGAUCAUUUGUGGUGGUGUUCCCAUUUGUGCUGGUCAUGUCCCCAACAUCUGUGUUAACCAUCAGUGUUUGGAGGGUGAGAAGUGAAUGUAAAGGGUUUAAAAGCCUUACAGCUUAGCUGUUAAUGAUUGUAUCAAAGAGUACUAUCAGAUUCAUGUUAAUGAACAGAAAAGUGGCUAUUACAAUAGGAGGUAAAUGUGGGAAAGAUUUUGCUCCUCUUUUAAAGCAAGAAAAAAAAGCAUCUCAUUUAAUGUGUAGGCAUCUCUUGCCUUCUUUUUUUUUUCUUUUGCUGGGCCAUGUAUGAGUUUACUGGCACUUUCAUUUUGCAUCUCUUUCCCCAAGUUGCUGUAUAACUGUAUGAAAGUAUUCUUUUGAGUUGGAUGCAUUUAUACAGAUGAGGCAGGCCUGGAGUCUGAAGUCGCUAAAGCAGCUAAAAAUAAAAUAAAACAAUAGCUGCAGAAACAAUGUUGGUAGAGGAUUAUUUUUUCUUGAGAGUUGAGACUUGUAGACUUGCUGGUGAACUGUGCAGGAAAUACUGGUUUCUAAAACAUUUCUUAUGAAAAACCUGUUGAGGUUUUUUCUUUUGGAAUAGACAUUAUAAAACAAUGUAAGAUAGUGUUUGGAGUGUCAAAAGUUGGUUCUGACAGAACAUUAAGAUUGUGCAAUGAAAAAAGAAAGACUACUGUAUAGUUUUGAUGACAAAGAAGGUUUUGAUUAAGAGUUGAGUACUUUACUGGAGUAAAACUGUAUAAGCCUGCUCCCUUUGAAUAAAGCUAGUGCUUACCUGUUUAAAACUUGUAUUUAGCUUUCGUUUGAAAUUGGAAAAAAAAAAUUGGAACUUAAAUAAAUUAGGUGAAAGACAACUGUGUUCAUUCAUGGAAAUCCUGUGAGUUUUACCAGUGUCUUACCUUUUGACAGUGUCACCUGUUGCAAGCAUUAAAAAAAAAAA